GCAGGCGCUCCGUUGAUGAUGUUACUGCGGGGCAGAGGGCGGGCGGCUGGCCGUGUGGAGGCCGCUUGGCUCUUGUUCUGGGUACCGCGAGCGCGAUCGCGAUCCCGGUUUUGGCCUCAGGACCGGCGAUCGCCGUUUUAAGGAGCAGGAGACGCCGCUCGGCCCCGGGGAAGCGGCCCUGUUGUGAUUGAGCUGACGACAAGACGGGUCCCCGAGGGAGAGGCCUAGUGACCCCGGCCUCGCCUCCCCGAGCCGGGCUGCUGCCGGCGGCGGGCCGCAGUGGCCGAGGGCUGGCCGUGCAGCCCAUGUAUUUCCCCGGCCGAGUAUCCGCUUGCUGCUGAGCCCAGGCCAAGCCGAGCCGCCGCCAUGAGCCGGUACCUGCCGGUGGCCAGGCAGCAUUUCCUGGCGGCUGCAGCCAGCACCAGUGUGGUGGUGAAAUCCGUGUGCGGGACUGUGCUGAGCCUUUACUGCCUCUCCUUCCUGAUGGACACGGUACACGGCCUGGGGGUCACCCCAGGCUACCUCUUCCCACCCAAUUUCUGGGUGUGGACCCUGUUGACCCACGCUGUGGUGGAGAAUCAUAUCUGGGAUGUAGUUGUUGGUCUGGGGGCGGUGGUGGUGGCUGGCAGGCUCCUGGAACCUCUCUGGGGAGCCCUGGAGCUCCUCAUCUUCUUCACAGUCAUCAAUGUGUCAGUGGGAAUCCUUGGAGGACUUUCUUACCUCCUGACCUAUGUGGCAACUUUCAACCUGGAUUACUUAUUUACUGUGCGCAUCCAUGGCAUGUGGGGCUUUGUUGGUGGAGUGUUGGUGGCUUUGAAGCAGACCAUGGCAGACACGGUGGUGAUAAAGGUGCCACAGGUGCGAAUGAAAGAUGUCCCAAUGAUGGUGUUGGCUGUUAUUGGUGUCCUGCGGUUAACAAUGCUUCUCAGUAGUUCACUGCUGGCAUCUUACGGGUACGGCCUCCUGUCCAGCUGGGUUUAUCUUCGUUUCUACCAAAAACAUAGCCGUGGCCGAGGGGACAUGUCUGACCACUUCGCAUUUGCUACUUUUUUCCCUGAGAUCUUGCAGCCACUUGUCUCCAUGCUGGCCAAUGUGAUCUACAGUGUGCUGGUGAAGAUCAGAAUAUGUAAGAAGACAGUCAAGCGAUAUGAUGUUGGGGCACCGUCAUCCAUUACAAUAAGCCUGCCUGGCACUGACCCACAAGAUGCAGAACGGAGAAGACAAUUGGCAUUGAAAGCCCUGAAUGAACGGCUGAAACGUGUUGAAGAUCAAGUAGCUUGGCCUAGUAUGGAUGAAGAUGACAAAGAUUUGUCUGAUAUGCCUUUACUUCCCGAGAGCAACAAGAGCAAUGGAGAUGAUUCUGGAGCAGCGGAACACAUUGCAUUCCAAGGACUUUCAUCAGGAUCUUAAGAGACCAUCAAUGGAUAAAUUGUCCAAUUGAGUGGGAGUGAAACGGCUUUUUGCUGCACAGAUACCACCAAUAUGCGUCAGUACUUCAAACUGUUUAACUGUAGCACCUUCAAUCUGUAUGGAAAAUAAGUUCAGCAGUAAAAAAAAAAGGCCUGUGCAACUGUGGUGCUCAUAGCCUGGCUUCAGCAGGAUUUAAUGUUUCUUUAACUCUAGCUGGUGGCUGUAACUAUUAGAGAUGGCAUUUGAACUGAUGGUGAAUUAGAUGCAAUUUUUGCAGUUUGUCCUGAAAUUUCAUUAAUUUACAGUCUUUUGAAGUGUCCUUUUCUGAAUAGAGCAAAUAAUUAGCAUAAUUGAAAUGUUGUAAUGAAAGGUGGUCAAGAGGAGGUAUUGCUGCCACUGAGAUCAGAUCAAAAGGAACAGUCUGAAAAUAGCUCCCCAAGUUGUCCUUUUGUAUAAUGUGCCAAAAAGAAUAAUAUUCCACAUUGCAAAACCAUGCUAUCUGUGGGAUAUUGAAAGCUGGCACCACUGAAUUCCUGUGGCAUUAGUUUUCCAUCUCUGGUGAUCCACAUUAUUGUGUCUGAGCUUGUCACAUUCUUAUUUUAAUGGGUUUACCUUUUGCAAUUUUUUUCUUUUUGCUAAGUUCCUGCCAUCAUGUGUCUGAAAAAUUAAUAACAUUCCAGGUUACAUAUGAUCAUAAGGGUAAGCAGAAUCCAAAAUUCGAUCAUGUUGGGUAAUUUGAUGCUCCUUGGUAUUCCCUACCUUGCUCCCUUGUUGAGCUUCUUGUCCUGUUGAUCCUUCAGCUAAGAGUGUGAAUGGUAUGAUCCCUCAGUAAAAGUUGCUGAUUGGAGAUUUUUUGAGAGAGAAAGCAAGCAAAAGUUUGCCCCUCCUCCCACUUCACCUCAGCAUUGGACAGGCUUGGAAGAUUACCUUCUCAAAAGGCUGACAAAUUAUUGGUGCUGGCUCUGAAUUUUCUGCAUGAAAGCUGUAAAGGCUACAGGUGUAUUUGGAGUGAACUGACUUGGGAAUAUGGUAUCUUGUAUCCUCUAAUUGUAAAAGGGACAGUGAAGGUUUUUGAAAAAAUCGCUUCAAACAACCACUAACUUUCUUAUAAGCUUCUUGACUUGUUUUCUUUUGUGAAAUAUAUAGAUCUGAGAAGGCCCAGUUCCUUAUCUCUGUCCUUCUAUACAAGAACUAGCUGUUAUCGUACUUGACUCAAGCAGCAAAUAGAAACAGCAAUCGGACAAAUGUCCGUAACGCAUCUAUGAUUUGAUAUGGUUACUAAACCCUCUAUGAAAUGGGUUAAGAAGUCAGUCCAACAAACCUCUUGGUGUUUUUGAGAGUCCCAUUUAAAAGUGUUGCAAAACUAUCUCCUCUUUGCAAUUAAAACUUUUUGCAAGGUGAUUAAUAUCAGACAGUGCUGAAUGUGGUCAGCAUUUGGCAUAUCUCUUCUAUAAAAGCACCAUUCUAAUUUUGUCUAAGAAUUUAAUAAUCAUUAUGGCAAACAUAUAACAAGGAAGAGUGGCUAUCAUUUUAAUGCAUUUAAAUGUGCAAGAUACUUUAAUGUAAGAUUAUUUUUUAAAACAAGUAUUAGUUUCAUCUAAAUGAUUUAAUGUUAUUUUGAUUUUCUGUGGGUGGUGUAAUUGUCUUAAUGCUGUGCUGUGUACUUUACCAGAGUAGCAUUUACCAACAGACUAAUCUCUUUUACUGGGCUUCACUUAAGUUGUAGGUUUCUUUCAUAUAUCCCUAUGUAUCAUAGUUGCGCAGGUCAAUCCAAUAAACUUUGCAGUCUCAUGUG